AUGAGAUACUUUAAAACAUAUUGGAGUAAUCCCAGCAGCCCAGCUAACAAUGUUUGGUUUAAAUGUGACCCCGUUCCUCUGUCAUUAGGAAUCAGGGUGGAACCUUCAGUGGACCAGUAUGGGUUGAAGGGGGGUUCAAUAUGUCUGGCUGUUGCAGAACCUGAGAUUCUCAAAGGACUUCAAUGGAAGACGGGCAGUGAUGUAAUAGUUAGUGAUAAAGAGAUUUCUCCUAAAUAUAAGGAGAAAGUGGAUUAUAACUCUGUCAACCAUUCUCUGUGUAUUAAGAAUCUGCUGAACACAGACAGUAGAAUUUACAUGGGAAGUGCAAUUAAUCAGAGAGACUGGACUGAUUCAACUACCACAUACAGACUAAAGGUGCUUGGUGAGUUUUGUGAAGUUUUUGUGCUGGUAGUCGUCUUUUUGUUUAUUCAAUACAAUUAAAGUAUCUAGACCACUCAUAGAUGUAUGGAUCUCUUUCCCAACUCCAUUGGUUCUUGUAGAUCAUGUUCCCAAACCAGUUAUGGAUGUCACGUCUCUCUUCAACACAAGUGUGGGACUCUGUGACGUCACAGUGAACUGUUCAAUUAAAGAUGGCUGGAUGUUGUCUGUCUGUGGCGGGGGUCAGUGUACACGGUCACAACAGUUACUGUCUCUGUCUGGGGUCAACAUCAUCAUCUCCAAUGGCAACGGGACUAUCCAAUGCACCGGCAGCAACCACGUCAGCACACAGACCAUCUCUCAACCCAUGGAGGACAUAUGUAAGGUCCAUUCUAGCAUUCAUUUGGAGAUCUACCCGUGAGGUUAGAAGCUGAACCUCAUGUUGAUAUUGUGUAGUCAUUCUGUAAUAUCUCUGUCAUUGUUUAAUACUAAAUGAUGCGAUAUCAUACAUUGUAAAAAAUAUAUCCACAGGGAAAAGCACACACAGGAUAUCAAAGUUAUAUGUUUAGUAUUUUUAUUUAUUUAGAGCCAACACAUAAACACCCAAUAUUUUGACUAGGUCUUUUUUUAAAUGAAUUUCUCAAUUUGACAAAAGCUCUGACGAAGGCCUUGAGGCCGAUACGUAAAGCUUAUUAAAGAGCAGUGACACAAUCAGGAGCAGUGAUACUAUCAGGAGCAGUGUGCAGGCUUCUUCUUUUUUCUCCCAUUGACCUUUUUUGGAAUUAGCACCGCAAACAUCUACUUGGAACAGUUGAUUUAAUCUUGGCUGCAAGGACUUUUGUUUGAACGAUAUGAUACAUAAACGGUACCUGCCAUAAAGUAAUGUUGACUGUUGGAAACAAUUAACAUCACAUUAGACCAAACGUGUUAAUGAAAUAUUGUAUUUUUGGCUCUGAGAGGGUAACCCAGAUUGUGUGUCCCAGGUAUUGGUGAGAAGGACGGCAAAGCUUCAGCAUUAUCAGUCAGGACCAUUGUGGCCAAUACUGUUCGAUCAGUGUUUGUUUAUGUUGGAUUGGCAGGCACCAUAAUGGCCAUCAUAAAGGUCAAAAGAUGGAUAUCCUCAAAAGAAGUUGACUCAACUCAGGUACUUCCUGUGAAAUGCAUUUGACUUUUUAUAAAUAUAUUAUUUUAAUUUAAUUUUAAAUUGUUUUACUUUGUAAGCUUUGUUGAAUGAAGAUUUGAUGUAAUUGUAAUGUCUCAUCUUUAGGAAGUCAUCGUUGACACCUCAGUGAAUGAUUCAGCAGAGGUGAGGCCAGAACCACUUGGCCCUCCUGAGGUAGAAACACUUUACAGAAAUAUGCAGAAACCAGGACAGCAACAAUAA